AUGUGCUAUUCCCUGGAAGUCCGUGUUGAUUUCCCAACCGCUGAACCUUGGCGAGUAAACGAAGACACCAAGGUAGAGAUACCGUUGGUGCUCAGUGGCUUCGAGCGCUCCGCCAUUGUCUCCGUGCACCUGUCCGCAAAAUAUGGCCGCCUGUGGAUGAACGGGUCGAACGAAGUGGACAUUGUUGAACCCUUGGUCGAGGUCGGGGGUAGCCUCACCCUACCAGGAACGCAGGACGAGAUAAACGCUGCUCUGUUGAAUGUGUGGUACUCGGCCCCGCCCGACUGGAACUCUCUAGGACAGGACACUUUCGAAACCCUCAGUGUCCUUGUGGACGAGCAAGACUCGGCUCAGGGUGGCGACCCUUACCCCGGCGUACCAAGAACUUUGGUAGUUCUGGUCACCCCCGUCAACGACCCACCUCUCUUACGAGGUCCGUCCGAGUUCACAGCGGUCGAAGGUCGAACGACGGUAUUGGGCGGAAUCAAGGUAUUCGAUGUAGACGCCCAGGACACUGCCGGCAGUGUGCUAGAGGUCACAGUGUCAGCAGCAGAGAAGGGUAGCAGCGUAGAGCUCGGUGCCAAGCUUGGACUGUUCAUCAAAAAUUCGUCGGACGAGAGCAAAACCUUCCAAGGAUCUGUGACAAACAUCAACAACGCCUUGGCGGGCUUGACGUUCCGGGGUGCAUUCGAGUUCUCCGGAGCCACGACUUUUAAGGUCGAAGUAAACGACAUGGGCAACACCGGGGGUGGGGAAGCAUUAUCUGACUCACUCUCGAUCCCGAUACAUGUCAGCUCAGUGAACAACCCACCCCGAGUCACGCGAGAUCAAGGCCUCCUGUUGGAAGGUAUUGAAGACGAGGUUGUGCCAGUGGACGGCAUCAUGGUGGAGGAUCAGGACGCGGGGGGUGGACGAGUCAAGCUGACUGUUGAAGCACGUCACGGAAAAAUAUCGCUCGGCGGCAACCCUUCCGACUUGAAGUUUGACCGAGGAAAAGGCUCUCUGGACGAUGAGGUUAUUGUCUUUGGCACGAUUGAGGCACUGAACGAGGCUCUCGAAGACCUUUCUUUCACGCCGGGCACAAACUCGAACGCUCGCAACACCGACGACUUGGCAUCACUAACUAUUACGGUCAGUGACCUCGGCUUGUCUGGUGCGGGCGGUGUACAGGAAUCCGAACCCUUGCUUAUCCGUCUGGUCUUGUACGCGGUCAACGACGGCCCACGGCUAGACCUGCCGGACUUUUUUUCGGCACGCGAGGAUGUUCCGUUGUUGAUGUCGGGGAUCAGCGUAUCGGACGCUGAUUCGCAUGAAUCAGGAGGAAAUGCCCUAAUGGAAGUUUACUUGUGGGUGCACAACGGCACCCUUACGUUGACGUCUGAUGAUUCCGUCUGCUCGGAGGGAGCCCUGGAUGGGAUCGGAAGAAAAUCUAUCAAUUUCCAGGGCCCUCUCCAUGCAAUUAACAAGGCACUCUCAGGGCUGGUGUACCUGGGAGCCCUUGAUUGGGCCGGUCCUGACAUCCUCUCCCUGAACAUCACCGACCUUGGCAACGUCGGGGCAGGAGGGUCGCUAGCCGCCACGGGCCAGGUGCAGAUGACCGUGUCACCGGUCAACGACCCCCCCCAGAUACUCCUCGAUUCCGAAGGCCCCGGCCUGCUACCUAGCGGUGGAGCGCUGGGAACUGAUGAAGACAUCCCUCUCCCUCUGGAGAUGUUCGCUAUCCAAGACGACGAAAUGUCGGCGGCAGGCGAAGGACGGCUAACGGUUUCCCUCCAAUGUUCGAAUGGACGAAUCGCAGCAUCGUCGGACAAGCUUGCCGAUGAAGAGGAUGCCGAGUCUUUGAUGGAGGUGGCCUGGAUUGUCGGAGGCGGUGCUGAGGCCGCCGGCACCGGGCCGUGGCAGGCCGUAGUGUUCUCCGGGGGGCUUCUACAAACCAAUAGAGUGCUAAGCAAACUGGAGUAUGUGCCUUCACCUCAUUGGCACGGAGUAGAUGAGCUGAAGGUGGAAGCGAGCGACAACGGGUACGGCGGAGAGGGAGGGGUCCAGACGGCAUCCUUCAGCAUACAGGUGGCAGUUGUCGCGGUCAACGAUGCACCCGUCGUCGUUCCGGCCCCUUCCGGAACGGCCGUGCCGGGGGAAGAAGAGGCACUCCCGGGGUUCUUGGUGCUAGACCCGGACACCGACACCGACGGCAGGCUGUCAGAAAGAAUGCUCAAGGUGUCGAUAGAGUGCUCGCUGGGGGCACUAUCGCUCGCCAAAGGGCAACGUUAUGGAGUGGCGUUUCCAACCGGUUACAACGCCUCCACCAACACCCUCUUCUUUACUGGCUUACAGGGCGAGAUAAACCUUGCUCUUGCAGACCUGCGGUACACUGCAAGCGCCGAUGAAUCCGGCGAAGACAUCGUUACGGUAAAAUCCUCCGAUGGUCUCCUCGAAGGGACCAACUCCUCCACCGUAAGCCUAGCCUGGCCCACAGGCGCCGCCACCAGGCCCCCGACACUUGCUUUCCGUUCGCCCCUCUUGGAGAUGCCAGAAGACGGGUCGAUUGUUCUGGGACCGGUUGAUGUGAGGUUCGGAGAUGGGAGGUCAGUCGUACAGGGCCAGGUGCAUUGCUCGGCUGGGGUCUUUGAAUUGGGACAGAAUGACAACGAUGACAGAGAUGAGGGUGUUGUCGUGCUGGAGGGGGGGGGCGACGGGGAUUCUCUAGUUCUGCAGGGGCUCCCGAGGGAUGUGGCGAUGGCGCUAUCGAGGGUGACCUACAGACCUCCGAAAGAAUGGAACAGCAGGGUACAUGGGGUGGUGACCGUCAGCAUGCAGGUGCACGCUUCGGAAGACUCAGAGCCGAAUGAGGUGUGGUAUACGAUAGGACCCUGUCCAUUGCGGCAAUGGCAACCACCCCGACAACAUUCACGGUACAUUGCCCCCCCCCGGUCGGUGAUGAUCCAUGCACCACCAUACGAACCCACCCACGGUACCCUUGGCCUCGUCAUUGGUACUCAGGAACCAUCUUCUGCCGGGUUGUCUGCAACCAAGACCAUCGAAAUCAUCGUGGACGCCAUCAACGACGGCCCAUCUCUCAUUGGGCCUCUCGCCAUUGAAGUCGAAGAGGACACACCUAUCACAGUGAAUGGCGUUGCAGUGCAAGACCCCGACUGCGACGAUGCUCCAAGGGGAGUAUUGGAGAUCACCGUGGCCGCUUCCAAUGGUACCGUACAAUUUAUUGGUUCCGUUGCAGGGUUAUACCUCAUGGAAGCUCUGCCGGGCUCGUUGAAAGUUCGUGGGAAGACGGGGCCCGUGAACGCUGCGCUUGCGGGACUGAGCUAUGAGGGCGUCGCAGAGUUCAGCGGAACAGACAGAAUAGUCGUGACCGCGGAUGAUCUUGGCCACAGCGGCACGGGGAGUCAGCUUUCGGCUAGUUGGUCUAUUGAAGUGCUUGUGUCAGCCAGCAACGAUCCCCCUCUUAUUCAAGCCCCCCCAGAGCUUGAUCUUAUCGCGGGCGGUGUGCUGUUCGUGGUCGAAGAUGAGUCAUCGCCGUUGGGGGUCUUUGGAGUUUCGGAUAUGGACGACCCGUUUCUGCGGGUCACCGUUUCUGCGAGGGUUGGAAACGUUGGUUACGGUGGCAUCGAAGAAGUUGGUAUGGUGGCGGUCGCAUCCAGGGAUGAAACGCCUCCUGCGACGGGAUCGAGCGUCUCUUUCGAAGGCACCGCGGACGAAGUGAGCGAUGCGCUUGGCAGUCUUACGUACACGAGCUCGCUGAACUGGAACAGCGUUGCCUACGGUAGGGAUGUGGUGGAGGUGGAAGCGUGGGACUACAGUCCCACAGCGUCGUUGAAGGGAGGCUACGUAUCUUUCGCCUUCGAAGUACACGUUACACAAGCCAAUGACCCACCGUCGAUCCAAGGCCCAACCGGCGACACCUGGGCCGGCCAAGAGGAUUCAAAGAUUCCACUCAGCAAUCGCGGAGGUAUCGUUCUGCAUGACCCCGACUCGAGCGACUCGGACGGCGAUCUCAUGGAAGUUAAGAUCGCCGUGGAAGAGGGCAAGCUCUUCCUGCCGCUGUCUCUCGCUGGCGGGCUGUACCUGCUCAACGGCGAUCAUCCAGAGGGUUCGCACGAGGUUUGGGCACGUGGCGGUCUCUUGGAGCUGAACCGUGCGCUCCAAGGCCUCAUAUACCAGGCACCGGGAGAAUGGAGUGGGGUCGACGAAGUACAGGUCUGGGUCAGUGAUCUCGGUGGACACCAGCAGGGGCAGGUUGCUCUCGAAUCUUCGGCGUUGUUUUUUGUGGCUGUCGACGCGGUUGCCGACACGCCAAGAUUACACUUUCCCUGGACGGUGCACUACCUCGACGAGGACACGAAGUUGGAAAUAGACUUCACAACUGUUUCCGACGCAGAUCCUGGAUCGAUCCUCAUCGUGGAAGUGCGGCCGGACAACGGAAAGAUUGGGGUCCGGCCGGAGCUUUCACCUGCAGAGGUUUGGAAAUCAAUCGAGGUCUCGAGCGAUGCCUCUGCAGGGGUAGAAGGGGGAGUUCAGCAUGGGGAACUGAUGCUUCGAGGAACUGCAGCGAAUGUGAGCGCGGCUGUCCAGAUGCUGGAAUAUACCCCACCGAAGGACUUCGCAGGGCAGGUCGUGGUUUCGUUGCGUGCGACAGACGAAACUGGUUUGUCUACGGAAGCCGAAACUUACUUGUAUGUCCGACCGAUCAACGACCCCCCGGUGAUUGAACUGCCAACCGGCGAAGAUGGUGAAACACGAGUCCUCGAGAUGACCGCUGGGGGUGCGGGUGACGCCGUCAUGGGCAUCACCAUAACCGACGUCGACGCUGCUGACAGGUCAGACUUGUGCGCCUAUUUUGAAGGAGUGGAGGCCAGAAACGCUCUGUCUCUGCGCCUUAAGUCGAACUUCGGCAACGUUUCCAUUGUAGCUGACAGCGCGAUUGGGGUGCGCGUGGUCGACGGGCCCACCGCUGGUCCUGGAGCGACCUUGUUUCUACAAGGUUCCGCAAAGUCUCUCCAAGCAGCGCUGGACGGGAGGCUAGUUCUCUACAGCACCGCGGCUGAUUUCUCCGGGUAUGAUGUUAUCACAGUGGACGUCGACGAUGGUGGAAACUGCGGUGCCGGCGGAACACACUCGACGACAGGAGUUCUCGAGAUAGACGUAGCACCGUAUGACCCACCUCUCCUGGUCGCGUUCAACACUUCCGCCAUGUCGGAAGAUUCUACUAUCUUUACCCCUGAAGGCGCGCCCUUGGCGUUGCCUGACUUGGCAGUGACGGGCGGGUCUGUGGGGGAGCUCUCAGCAGUGGAAGUUGUCCUCCUCGCCAAGUCUGGGAACGUGUCGAUAAAGCAACCCGACCUCGACAGCGUCCAAGUUCUCGACAGUGGUGAGCUGACCGGCGAGCGUCUUCGUAUACGGGGCUCCCCCAAGGCGCUAACUACUGCUCUCGCGGGAUUGCAAUUCGAACCGCGGCCGUAUUUCUUCGGAUGCUGGGAUCGCAACAUGCCGUUCGCCGACGAUACUCCUGUUCGGUCUCCAAGGCGGCAAGGAGUGUUAGCUCUGGCCCGCAUCUACGCCAUCGCCACCCCAGACGGCACAGGUGGGGACGUUGGCUGGGACGGUUUGAGCGUGAAGCCACACCCGUCAAUGUCCAUCGCGCAUUUGAAGGUUUCUGUGGGUUGGGUUAACGACCCCCCGACCGUGGAAGCCCCAGAUACCGUGAUUGUCGUGGCCUCGAAAGCAGUGGUCGAGCCAUCGCUUGUGCCAGGUAUUCGAGUUGAGGAUGCAGAUGUAGAGGACGCCCCAGAAGGAAUCGGGCGUUUGGACGUGAACGUGUCGACGUCAAUCGGCAGUGCGCUGGCUGUGGACAACACCAUCGCCUUGAAGAACGGGCUUCGAAACAUUGGGUCCAGCGAGCAACACAUACGCCUGCUCGGGCGACCGGAGUACGUGAAUAACGUGCUAGCAACAUUGACGAUCUCUCCGAACACUACGGACGGUACUACUUCGUUUGCGCCUGGAGAUCGUAUUGAAGAGAUUUUUGUGGUCGUGAGCGAUCUGGGUUUUUCUGGGAGUGGAGGGGAGCAAAGAGCGACCGCUUCGAUCGUCGUCGAGGCAGGAAAGCCGGAGCUAGACAGCCAACUCGACCACGACGUUUUCGCUCUUGAGAAAAUGCUUCCUCUUGUAAGCACCACGGAAGGAGCGGCAGUCGCCCUACCGGGCUUUGAAGCAGCACUUUCGCACUCCAGUGUAGUCGACGACCAGCUGGCAGUCAUCGUGUCGGCAAAGGAAGGCUUUCUGUCGCUAGGACCCAGCAGCGCGGGGGUAGCGGAGGCUGCAGCGAAGGAGGACUGGGGAUCAGCAGUUACAUUGGUUGACUUCGUCGGCGGUGCUGAGCAGACGUUGCCAGAAGUGCAGGUGGUACGUACGACAAUCCCAUGGCGAUACGAAGUGCAGCAAAUCGACGUUAUCGCGCCGGAAGAUCUUUCCACAGCCGACGUAUACUUUUCCCUGCAAGGGCCAGAGAACGACACCGGCACAGCCUUUGGUACGUACGUCAACGGGGGCGCCGGGUCGAUGCCCGGGGUCUCCCUUUUGGACCCCACGACUAGCGCCGACGAUCUGGCAGCGGCGUUGGAUUCGCUACCGUCUGCUGGCAAGGUGUCUGUCAGGCGUGUGCCGACCACAUCUAUUGAAGACACUUCUAUCGCCAGCCGACACCUCGUGACAUUCCUGAGCCGCGGGGGCGACGUGCCUCUGCUUGUUGCAGAGAAAUGGACGGUGAACGGAACUGGCAUGGGCAAUGACACUGACACCACCCCUGACGGAAGGUACUGGACAUCUCAGCUUAGCGCCAACUCUUCGGCCGAGCAGGUGGCCCAAGCACUCGCUCAUCUGCCGGAUCUCGGCUACAUUCGCGUCCUGAAGGUCUACGAUGGCACCAAUCGAACCUAUUCGACCCCAUCCAACGGCACGGUUGAGACAUACACGGUGUGGCAAUGGGAAGUUACGUUCGUGACAAAAGGUGGCGACCUUCCGCUUAUGGCCGCAGCCUGGUUGAACGGUAGGACAUCGACUGGGCAAAACGACUCCUUCGGGAUGACGGGGCGAUCGGCACGCCUCACUUGCGCGUCUUGCGAACCCUUCGAGAACGGCUCUUGGCCUUCCACUGCAGAAGCCGUUGUUGGGAACCGAAUAGAGGUCCAAGAGGUCAUCGCUGGAUCGAGCCCUAUCUCGGGUACGUUCUCGUUGAUCUACCCGGGCCACGCCUUCCAGGAACCGACCGAAACCGCCCCGAUUUCUGUGCACGCUAGUGCGGGUGCGCUCGCCUCUGAAUUGUCCAGCCUGGAUAGCCUAGGAAUCAACAGCGUUCAGGUAUCGAGGUCCGGCCCGUCCGCUGAAGGUGAACUGGCGUGGACGGUGGCGUUCGUGUCGGGAAACGGAGACUUACCGGCAAUGCAAGCGGUACAUGACGGCGUUACCGGGACAGACGCGGUGGUGCGCGUUGCGGAGGUAGCCAAUGGCGUGGCUCCUGUUCGAGGAUCCGUUUCGCUGGUGGUGUCCGGGGUGCAAGGGGAGGCUCCCCAGGCCACGGCACCUCUUGCCCAUGAUGCCUCAGUCGACACAGUGAUCGACGCGCUUUCCGAGCUUCAGCCCGUUCGAGCUGCUGGUUUGCUGGUGGAAGUCGAGCGGAAGGGACCUUUCGUGGGUGGCGGCUACAGCUGGUCAAUCGCCCUCAACCCUUCGAAAGACGUCGAUGAGAUUGCAGCCCUAGCGCCGACCUUUCCCACGAUAGGGGUGCAGCAAGCCAACGUCACGGGCACCGGGGCAAGGGUCGGGGUCGAAAAGCGAGAAGCGCAGGAGGUACCACCGUUGGAAUACUUGGUGUCCCUUGCCGCACCUUUGCCUAUUGAGACAGCCGAGGUGCAGGACAUGAUAUGCUCCCUGGCGGGGAUGGCACCAUCUGAAGCUGCGCUAUCUGGAGCCUCAUUUGUGGUCACGUUUCGUGGAGAGACAACCGAGGCCAUAGCAGCAGAUACCGUAUUAAACCCAGGCGGGCUUCCUUCCUGCGGCCAGUUUGCCACCGGCCCUUGCCAGGGCGAUGGUACCACGCUCAAAGAGCGCCUGGAAGCGCUCCUCACGGUAGGGGAGGUCAAUGUCACUGGAAUCACGAGCGAUGGGAUUGCUGGCGACGACGCAGUGGUCUGCGGAGUGGAUUCGGUCUCGAUCGCAUGGCUCGAUGGGACGAUUAACGCGGGAGACCUACCUCUGAUGUCUGCAGUGAGCUCCAACACCACGCUUAUGCAGAUGGAGGUGGUGGAGUCUGUCAAGGGAUCGGCUCCGUUCGUGAGGGAAGUUCAGCGCAUCACCAUCAUCCCCACUAGCACCAGUACCAGCCCCACAGCUGGAACGUUUAAUAUUGUCGUUGGCCGCAACCAGACACGCCCCCUAGCGCACAACACCAGCGAGUCCGACUUGGCUCGCUCCCUGGAGAAACUACCCGGUAUUCGCAGCGAGGUCGGGGUCAACGGCAGCAGCACUGAAGAUUCCCGGAGCUGGACGGUGACGUUCAUGUCACCAGGACCACAGAGUCUGCUGGCUAGCCCUUGCGAAGAAGACGUGGCUGGCAAUGGCACAUCCCCGGACUGCCUUCUCGAGAAUGCUUCGGUGAAGAUCCGCCGCGUUGUGCGCGGGAAGUCGCCAGCCAGUGGAACGUUUCGCUUGAGGCUGGUUCCAGCUGACGGCGAAGCGGGUAGCACGAACGUCGCCGGCACACGCACCACCGGACCGAUUUCCAUUGAUGCAACGGCGGAAGAACUACAUGCGGCGUUGGUGGGUCUGUCUGGCGGUCAGGACGCGAAGGUGACCGUCGCACCGAACGCGCGGGCAGAGUACGGGAUUGAAUGGGGAGUGACACUAUACGACAACGGAAUUUCUUCAGUUGAACUGGUGGAAGUGGAUUUCGACGACCCGGGACCAUGGUGUGCCGAUGGAGUCACGGGACCGGCGGCCGCAGGAACCUCUUGCGAGUUCCCUUUCGCGGCGGGUCAGGACGGGAGUGACGUGCACUUCUCGUGUGCCGGUGCCGUUGGGUCUAGCCCAGGGUGGUGCUCCACGAUCCCGACGUUCAAUGACAGCCACGAUUGGGGAGGAUGCGUGAGGUGUGAAGGGAUUCCUCUGCUCUCACCCCCAACUAUCCAUGUCGCGCCGCUUCGGCGCAGCUUUCGCUUGAGCGGGGACCUCUCGCAAGUGUCUCAAGCGCUCUCAGAGAUCGUUUACCACCCGCGUGCUUUGUGGAACGCCUGGCUUGGGGGUCACGACGAGGUGUCCGCCUACUAUUACGAUAUGAACAGUUUGGAAGGAAGCGAGCGUUUGUCGGGAGCCAAGGCCAGGAGCGUUUCCCAAGUGUUCGUCGCCCCGGUUAACGACCCUCCCACGAUUGACCUAGGCAAGGAAGCCCGGCUCGUGCACGAAGGUGAGGAGCUGCUACUGGAAGACGCCGAAAUCCUGGACCCCGACUUGGCGGAUAGGCCUCGGACUCCUGUACGGGUGGAACUUGAAGCCAUGUCCGGCACGCUGGCGUUUGGGGACAGCGCCGGCUUGACGUUCACGUCGGGGUCACGGGACCCACAUUCCUCUCAGCGGCUGGUGGUCAAGGGGCCCUUUCAGACGGUGCAAAAUGCGGUGCGGCAGGUCUACUACCGGCCGCUGCCAGUUUUCCCGGCAGGGACGACGGCGGGAGUGAGAACAGCAUUGGAGGUGCAGAGAGUAGAGCUGACGGCGCCGAUCGUCCCGAUGGUGCAGUCGGUGACGACGUCGACGACUCAGGGAUACAUCGAAGGCAACUUCACUCUUUCGGUGAACUGCGGCGCCUUUUUCGGGGAGGUGGACGAUAUUUUCGCGGACGUCAACGCUGUCAACCAAAUCACCAUUAACUCGUCGGCAACAAUGGUCGAAUCAACUCCGAUCGCCGCGGACGCCCCGGCAACCGGGAAUGGGUCGAUAGAGACCGGGGUGAGGGAGCUUCUCUCAGACUGCGUCAGCCUAGCAUGGGAUCGGGCAAACGUCUUGAUGGAGCUGUCGAACAAAACUUCCGUUUCGAGAAACUCUUCGUCAGCGGGAAACUUCACCCGCGACGCUCUCCCUCAUCGUGGAGCUACUGCGGUCGUGUCCAGGGGUGAGCCUGAUGUACACGGCAGUGUGACUUGGAUGAUAACCCUGAUGGAUGUACCUCACUCCUUCCCGGCCCUGGGGGUUGGUGCUAACAACCUCACGGGAGCAGGGAUAGGACUCGACGGAUCACAAUACGUUUUCGACGGCACCAUCCUGUCGGGGACUCCAUCAAUAUCAGUCGAUGUCGUGCAGGCCCAAUCGUCGUUGUCCGGCCCCAACGGAACGUUCACCUUGACGGCUACCCCCGGGAAAGCGGCUACCAGACCUAUACCGACGUCGGCUUCCGGGCAUGAAGUGGCAGCAGCCCUCACCUCUCUAGCUGACGUAGGAGCGGUCCAAGUUUCAACAGGUCCCAUUUUGGCCUCGCCGCCUGCGACACCUGCGUUGGGGCAGUACUGGGAGAUCACGUUCUUGCAGUCCGGGUCUCCAAUACAAAUCGGGGAUCUCCCCCUCUUGGAGGCCAGAGGGGUUGGGUUUGACGCCGAGGGAACAGAAUUGCGUGUGUCCGAGGUGGCAAAGGGGCGUGCACCUCAAGAUUCAGUGACGAUCAGGGUGAACGACCUCGGGAAUGUUGGCGAAGGGGGGUCUCUCGAAGCAACUGCGGCGUGGAACAUCACUAUCGUGCCCAAACACGUGGCUCCGGUAGUGCAGCAAGCCGACGACGGAACGGUGCACCCGGGGAACUUCUUGCGAACUUUCGAGGGCACCGUUCUGCAACUCCCCAGCCUCCAAGUUACACACUUUCCUGCGUUUGAAGCAGCUGCGGAUGACUCUUCAAAUGACCUACAGUACCUCUUGCGCAUCACCUGUACCAGAGGAAGUGUCAAGCCCACCUCGUCUGCGACGGGGCAGGACUUGGCUGCUACGAUGCCAUCCACUACCGUUACCCUACUGAGCGGCAAGUUGGCGGACAUCAACCGCGCAUUGUCAAACCUCGGAUACUAUGCUCCCCGAAGGUAUCGGGGGGUCGAUGAUGUGGAAGUAGCAGCGAGAGUAGCAGGGUAUGGCUUUGACGGUGGCUGGGGAGCCACCAAGCUGUACGCUUUCGUUGAUGGAGUCAACGACCCUCCCGAGCUCUCUGCACCUCGUGCUACGACAAGCAAAGGAGCCACGCCGACCUCGGUUGGCGGGAUAAGCGUCACCGACGAUGACACCACGGGAAUCAUCACGAUCACAGUUGAGGCGGCGCGUGGGCUGGUCUCCUUCCCACGCUCGCAUCGAUUGAAGCAAAUGGGUGCGUCCGAGGAUGUGACCGCAAGCAACAGCAGCAUCGUCGCAUAUGGGCAGCUUCAAGACAUCUCGGACGCGCUGUCAGCUCUCACCUACACCGGGCAAAGUAGCGAGUUCUCCGGCACCGACUCGAUCACGCUCAAGGUAGUCGAUGCGGGUGGGCUGACGGCGUCUCGCAUUGUAAAAGUCGAUGUCGAAGCUUCCAGUCCGCCCAAGAUCACACGUGCGGGACGGCUGGCUUCACUCCCAACAAACCCUACUGUCGACGAAGACGGCGAGCUGUCGCUCGAUGCUCUUCAUAUCUCUGUGUCGGACUUGGCAGUGGAGUCCACGGUACAGGUAGAAGUAGUCUGCACGAACGGAGCUGUCUCGCUGCCGCUCUCGGAGCAAGAGCCAGAACUGUGGACGAGCACGGACAAGGGGCACAGUCUUAUCGUUGCCGGAAACACGGACCGCGUCAACCGGGCUUUGCGCUUCCUGGUGUACCAACCUGAUGCUGACGUCUGGGGUUCGGAUCAGCUUUCAAUCGUUGCACGAGCGAGGAACGAAAACGCCAUCGACAGCAAUCCCGGGUGGAACACAGUUGCCGGCAUCGAGUCGAUCGUCAUUCUCAUCGAUCCGGUGAACGACCCACCAACAAUCCACAUUCCCGACCACUUGGCUGGCGAGGUGCUGCCCUUGGCGUUCGCUGGUGAAGUGCUACCCCUGGGGGGCAUCGUGGUGCAUGAUGCCGACGCUGGACAGCCCGGGGGCAGCCAGCUCGUGUCCGUCAGCGUAAGCGCUGUGGGUGAAGGAAGCACGGUUUCUCUGGCCAUGAGCAAUACCACCGUUCAAGGUCGUCUUCCAGGGGUGCUCUUCCUGGAAGGGUCGGCUGAGGGGGUGUACACGAGUAUCUCUUUCCGAGCCCCCCUCCACCUAGCCAACUCGGCGCUUGACCUACUUCAGUUUUCGACCCCGUUCCGGCAGUCCAGCGGCCUGUACAACGUAUCUAUUACAGUUUCUGACCACGGGAACUGGGGCAAAGGAGAGGAAGAAAUUGCUUCGGCUAGCCUGGCCAUCGACGUAAGGUAUCAACACGACCUGCUAGCCGACGCCGGCCACCGUGGUUUGGUUCAGUGGGACACUCCUCAUGGGGCACUUUCUGUUGACGAAGAUGGCCACUUGCACGAUCUCGGGAUAGCUCUGAGAGCCGACGUUGGGACCGUUUCAUCCGCGAAAGGCAUGUGGGUAGAUGCAAGCCUCGAGGUUGACCAUGGCCUCAUACAAAUACCGAAGAGCGGCGCUCAGAUCAACGGCGAGACUGUGUUCGAAGUCGUUCGUUAUGGCCCUGGAUCGCUAACCGUAAGCGGGGCGUUGGCCGACGUGUCGGUGGCACUCGCGGAUUCCACUUAUACUCCGGAGCCGAACUUUCACGGGGUUGAAGUUCUGGCCCUUUCCGUCCGCGAGCACUUUGGCGGGGGGGUAACAACCGCUUCGGUAGAUGUUGUUGUGUUUUCCAAACCCGACCCUCCAACCAUCACCGUUGACAUCUCCCACGAGGGCCUAACCGCUGAAGUGGGCUCACGGCUUGUACUACACGGGGUGGAGGUGCAGCAUGUUGAUGCGUUGGACGAAUACGCGAGUGGCACAGUGACUCUACGUGCACAUACCACCGCCAAAGGUGGCACCAUCGCAAUGAACAAGACACAACCCGGGCUUUGGGUGUACACGGAGGAGACUGGAGGCGCGCUGGUGGCCCGCGGUAGCGUCGAAAAUUUGCAAAUCGCCUUGGAUUCCGGUGCGCUGGAAUACGUGCCCUCCGCGGGGUACGACGGACUUGACGUAGUUUCGCUCAGCGUGUCCGCCGAUUCUCCGUACGGUGCUUUUGGAGGCGAAAGCUCGGCGUUGCAGGGGGCGAUUCACAGCGGUACCGAAAACGCAACGGCUGAGUUGCACAUCAACGUCGUCCCCACGUUUGCCUCAGCAGCAGUAAUUUUCGGCGGUGGUCCUUUGUUCCGCACUGUCGAAGGGAGCGGGAUCGACAUGGCUGGCAUCAGAGUUCGAGCCCCCGGUCGACGAAACACGUCAGAUACUGUCUUAUCCGUCAACUUCGAGACAGCUCAUGGGAGCGUGACUGUACGCGAGGCAGCCAGCACCCAAGUCAUUGUCGAGGGAAAAGGAAGAUCAGCGAUGAGCUUGACGGGGAAGGAGCUAGACAUUAACAUGGCUUUGGAGGGAGCUGUGUUCAACGGAGAUCCUUUCUACAACGGGGUCGCGGACGCAAAGGUUGAGGUCUUGUCAUCCGACGGCGAAAAUCUGGCCGAAGCCGUGCUGUACGUCGUGGUGGAAGCUGUAAACGACGCCCCGUCCGUGAUAUGUCCCACGUGGACUAUCAUGGUGGAAGAGGAUGCAGGCCCAACCAACAUCCCAGGAGUUUACGUGACCGACCCCGAUGUGCACGAGACCAAAGGAGGCAUGAUCGAGGUGCGCGCUUCUGUCGACCCACCCGACGCGGGAGGACUAUCUUUGAGUCAACCUGGACCCAGGCUGUUCCCAUCGCAGUUACCUGAACCCGAGAGUGCCCCCGUCCUCUCUUUGACUAGCGAGCUCGACCAGGCCAACACAAUCCUCGAAGGGUUGCACUUUUCGCCGUCUGCCGACUUUUUCGGCUCUGUCGUGGUGAACUUCGAAGUCAAUGACGGGGGCGCAUCUGGUCUAGGGGGUGUGUUGUCGGCUAGUUCCUCCAUGUCUCUCGAGGUUACUCCAGUUAACGACCCGCCGACUGUUGUAGCGCCCAGAGAGCGCCGUCGCUCGGGCGGGCGAGGACCACUUCCCAUUGUGGGGGUAGAAAUCAACGACGUUGACGGAAUCGCCGGGGAGACUCUAUCGGUCUCAAUCACCGCAGAAACCGGAUCAAUAACUGUGGACCACUCGCCGGAAACCUCGAUUUCAACAAUCUCGGGGGAAGAUGAUGCGAGCGUUACUGGGGUGUCCGUCACGGGUCUGUUGCCGGACGUCAGGAAAGCUCUCUCCCACGUGUGGUUUGUUCUUCCAAGCGAAGGCUGGGAAGGCGGAAGCGUUGUCACGUUUUCAACCGAAGAUGGCGAGGGUGCCACCGGAUCGGCCGAGUGUGUGGUCGUCGUGUCAGACCCGGCGGUUCCGCCGAUCAUCACCGCCACAAAUGAUACGUUCGUUGCAGACCAGGGGAAACAGACCUCUCUGGCGGGAUUAAGCGUCACCGACUCUGUAGAAGACGCUGCCAUCUUGGGUGGCUUAUCUUCUCCGACGUUCACCGUGUUGGUCUUGGCGGAAAUGGGAGGGGUUGGGCUCGUUCCUGUUCCACCGGGGUUAUCUACUGUACCCGGAAGCGACACAGCGCUAAAGGCAGCGGCGGCCAUCACCGCCGGCGAGGGUCUGCGGGGCAUUUUUGGGACACCGAGACCGACGCUAUCGUUUCGUGGGACUCUUUCUGCAGUGAACGCGGCGCUUGAGGCCGUGGUCUACUUGAGCGCCAACGGUUCGACAGCGCUCGGGAAAAAAUCCGUGACAGUGGAGGUGGCUAGGCAAGGGAGAACUACCAACUACUCCGCCCGCCACGAGCUGACAGUGGGAGUGCUGCCCGUGAAUCAGCCCCCAGAAAUCAGGUGGAAUGCCACUUACCCGAACCUGGAGUCGCCAGAGGUUGGUGGGUUCUCUCUGCGUGGGCUCGGGUUUGUCGAUAAUGACCUUGCUAGAGGGGGAACUCUUGGCGUGGAGUUGGAGGUCCUCGCAGAAGGUGACGGUCUUGUUGUCCGAUCUGACGGCAGGGGACUAGAAUUUUCCCGAGGGUCUGCCAAUGGCGUGUCGAGUCCGGUCCUCGCUUUCCGUGGCAAUGCCACUGCCGUCGCAAGCGCUAUUUCCGUGUCGGCCAUUAUCCUGAAAAAUCCAGGACUAUCGAGAGCUCUCGUUCCCGCUGUAAGGGUAGCCGUAGAGGAUGAUGAUGGCGGUAAAAGCUUCCAGGUUAUCGAGGUCUAUGGUAGCCACGUUAACUCGCCUCCUCAAGUUACCAUCACGAACCCGCAGCAGAUGUCCUUGAAGGAGGGGGGUGUCUUGGAAAGAGUGGGGGAGUUGGCUGGUAUAGAGGUACACGAUGCUGACGUGGAGGAUUCGACUCAUGGAUUUUUGGAGGUGAACGUUAGCAUCAGCCACCGGGCCGUACUGGAAGUACAGAACAUCACGACAUCAGCAACAAGCAUUCAUCCUGUGCAGACCAUUGCUACCCGUUCCACAUACAACGAUGGCUACUCGACGGUGGAAGGGAUGUUCAACCUCAAGAUGGAUCUAACGGGCCUCUGCGAAGACUGUGGAGUGGAGGAGACCAAGCCGAUUUGGCACGAUGCAGUCGGAAACGAAGAGGAUGUUCACGUGGGGCUAGGGUCUGGCCGUGAGCCCGGGGAAUCCGUCCAAGCCAAACUCGAGGCCCUCCCGUCCUUGCAGGCGCUCGGGGUCUCCGUACAUUGUCAACGGGCUACCGCCCUUGGUUUGGAGGGCGGACGCGAGUGGCGGGUGACCUUCCUCGACGCUCCUGCCUCGCUGCCGAUGAUGCAAGCCAUCGGCGUUUCGCUAGCGGGAAAUGAUCCUUUCAUCGAGGUGGCGUACGCUGUCAAGGGAAACUCUCUCUCGGGCAGCUUCGCCCUGUCGCUUGGAGGCUAUCAAACGGAGAUGAUAUCGUACGACGCAGAGGCUCAACAUGUGGCCGCCAAGCUUGAAGAGUUGCCUUCGGUCACGGCAGUGGGUGUAACAAUGCGUCACCCGGUCGAUCCUCAAGGCGGACGGCAAUGGAUGGUGACAUUCUUUGACGCGUUAGAGGCGGGUGGCGAUGUACCGCUCAUGGAGGUGGACGGACGGGCACUCGGUGGUCGCGGAGCAGCCGUACGAGUGGUCGAAUCGGUGCGCGGGAUCGGUACGGCGGAGGUGUGGGAGGUGGAAACGUCAGCGGCACACCAGAACUUAGUCGUUUUCAUCACCUUGACAGGCGCCCUCCAAGCCAAGGGUCACUUUACCCUUGGGCUCGACUACGGUGGGCGACAAGCGUGGACGAGACCGAUACAUCCUCGAGCGGUUGGACCUGCAAGCGAAGAGGAUGGUGGGUUUGGGUCUUUCGGGGGUGUUCCAGGAACAAAACGCGGCGAAUCUGUUGAAGCUCGUCUUCUGUCGUUAGAAAACUGGAGCGAGCUCGGGUCAGCUGCGCGGGUAACGGUCAAGCGAGUCGAUUCUGCGAACGGCAACGUUGCAACGUGGACUAUCACCUUCUUCGGCACGCCUCAAGACCUUGAUCCGCCGACCAUUCAAAGCACCAACCUCGCGGGGGGCGCCGUAGUUUCUGCCGAGGUGGCUGCGACACACAACCGCGUCCAGGGAUUCUUCUAUCUCUCGUACGGAGGCGAGGUCACACCACCUCUGGCGCACGACAGCACGGGAAUCGAGAUCGCUACUGCGCUCAAUGCCCUCGAAUCCCUGCAUUCGUCGGAUUCAGGAAUGGGGGUAGUUGCGGCCACAAGACUGCAGAGUACGAGUUUGGAAGGAGGCCAUCGAUGGUCCAUCGCCUUCCUGAGUGACCCCGAAGUUCCAUCAAACCUCUCCGCAACGGGAACUUCGACGACCGGGCUCUCUGGAGGAAGCGCACGGGCGUCGGCGACGCUUGUGCGCCUUGGCGGUAGGGGUGCAAUUCUACGGCUCGUCGAUCUAGGGGGGGUGGCGUUUGGCCUGCCGGGGUACACUACGGGGGAGCGUCUCGCUUUGCGGGGUACGCCAGAUGCAAUCACGACCAUGCUCGCAAGCUUGUCGUAUUCGCCAAGGCGUGGCUGGAACGGUGGCGCUGAUAUUCUGCUUCGGGCUUACGACGGCGGCUACACCGGUGCGGGCGGAGCGCAAUCCGGGUGGGGAAAGGUUUCCGCGACCGUUGAGGCGGUAAAUAACCCACCCGAACUACUAUGGUGUGGGAGCGUGCUAAACUCGGGGGGCGCGAUCAUCGACGGUGUGGACGAGGAUGCUCCCUUUAGGUUGGUGGACUUUGAUUGUGGGGGGGGCGGUACUCCCGCGACGCCCGUCUUAUUUGAUCAUACUGAUCUAGGAGGUCCUGGCGCGGGCUUGACUGUGCACGAUCCUGACGGAGAAGGGUCGAGGAUGCAGGUGGAAAUUUCAGCCAAGCACGGUUUCGUUACACUGACCCGACAAAUUGCCGGCGUGGUAUCCGAUGGCGUGAUCGGGACACCUGCGAUCGUGUCGGGCACCCCCUGGCAAGUGAACGCUGGACUCCGCUCUCUAGUGUACGUGUCUGCCGAAGACUGGCACGGCUGGGAUAGAAUCGGCAUCACUGUGACCGACCUUGGGGACGGCAGCAUCCAAAUGCCUGCGGACCCCAUGACCUACUACCUCCACGUGUCCGUGGCAGCGGUAAACGACGCUCCGGUUUUUUUGGCCGUGGACUUCGAAGAGGUUAAGGUUGUGGACGGACAAUCAUCUCCUGGCAACGAGCAGACCUCGGCGCUCCUCGUUUUUGCCCAAGAAGAUACUGUCCGGAUAAUUUCCAGUGUGUCCAUCUGGGAUGUUGACGCCAGGGCGGAAGGGGCGCUGCUCAACCGACCUGACGGGUUUUUCGGGUCUGUCAGUACUGACGGUAUGGGUAACGGCGCGGAAUUUCUUGCUGUGGAGCCAAAGGUGGCCCUCUCGUUGUCAUGUACGUAUGGGAGCCUCGGGUUGGGCGGAGGGCACGGGGGCUUAGAGGUCGUGGAGGGUGACCUCGACAGUGAUGGGCAGAUCUUGUCCGUGACCGGUGCACUCUCCAACAUCAACGCCGCGCUGAUGGAAGGGAUUGUUUAUACGCCGGGCUCCGACUGGAACGGGAUCGACGUGGUGGAGGCGAUCGUUGACGACCGCGGAAAUGGCGGGAAAACGCUCCAGGGCGCGAACGGCUCCCAGACUUCCAAGCUCCUGCUGGCGGUCGAAGUCACACCUGUCAAUGAUCCGCCGACGUUCACGAUCCCGAUCACAGACACUUCCUCUUCCUCUUUUUCGUACCUCACCGCGGAAGAGGACCGCGUCGGCGUCGUGGGGAUUGAUCACGUCGGUUGGUUAGACACGAACAUCCUCGACUCGACCACCAUCUCAGCUGCCAGCAUCGUGCUCGAAGACGCCGAUGCGGUCUAUGCGCCCGGUAGAACCACCCUCCAACCUCCGCAAAGCCGGUGGACGCACGAGUCGUCGACGUCACCGCCUGCUUCGGCCAACGACACCGUGGAGGUUUCGGUUCAAGUCUCGCAUGGUGGCGUUCUCCUGGCUGGUGCGAGGUCCGAAGUAUCGCUUGUAGUCGUUUCUUCAUCCCAGACAUCAGGCUUGAAUUCUUCAGAAUUUGCUGCUGAAAUGCGACUAAGUGGGCCAUUGUGGGCGGUGGCAGACGCUUUGAAGGGAAUCCUCUACAGGACCGACCUCAACUGGAACAGCUGGGUCGGGUCGGGUGCAAAUCAGGUUCAGCCUGUCGUAACUGAGGAGAUUUCCUUUCAAGCAACAGACUCUGAGGGGUCCACGGCGGCCGCAGUUCUCCGGUUUGUCGUCCUUCCCGAGAACGACCCGCCUGUCCUUGAAAUGGCCUCCGCCACUUUCAACCCGUCGAGGCUAACACACGACGGGCUCUCCAGCCUUGUCGAUUUGGUGGAUCUACUCAGCGUCAGCGAAGACAAUGACCUUGCCGUCCCUGGGCUGUCCGUGCGAGAUGUUGACCUCAGGGUUGACGAAACGUCCACUUUCGGCGGCGAUCCUGGGUUCGUAGACAGCAGCCUUCUGGAAAUCACGCUGUCCGCCAGCAAUGGCACGACUUCCCUCGGGACUGGAGUGUCCGGGUGCACGUUCCUUGUAGGUGAUGGCGCGGACGAUGGGAUAAUGUCGUUUCGAGCUUCUUUGGGCGGCGUGAACCGAGCAUUGGCCGGGCUGACUUAUCGAGGGAAGGCAGACUUCUACGGUACCGAUGACCUCGUAGUGACUGUGGACGAUGGCGGAAGGUUUGGUCGAGGGGCUCUGUGCGAAGGCAGCUCGUCGGGUGGUGGCGUCGAGGUCGGCGGUGACCCUCCGCCUUGUCCUCAGGUUCGCAUCGAGCUCUCAGCCCCGCACGCGCAGCUCACUUUGUCGACGGUAGCGGGUCUCACGUUCGAGUCUGGCAGCGGGUACGGUGACGAGUUUGUGGCAUUCACCGGCCACCCUGGCGACGUCAACAGAGCUCUGCUCGGUACGAUCUACCGCGGAGACCGACACUGGAACACGCUCGGGAAAGGACCGAACGAAGUUACCAUUGUGGCGAGCAACAGCCACGCCGGCCUAGGAGGGCUUGAACCUUUCGCCGUCGAGAGUACCCAUACAUUAUGGAUCGAGAUCAAGGCGGUCAACGACCCACCGCGGGUCCAUCUUCCGGGACUAGUGUUCCGCCGCAACCUGUCCGUGGAUUGGCCCGACAUCGAGGAACUGGACGUGGACGUCGACGAGCAUGUCGGCUCGUACAUCAUGGUCGUUCUGAGCUGCGACUACGGCACCCUGACGCUUUCGCCCGCGGCUGGUCUGAGGCCUGGUUUGACGAGCAACCACUCGCUGACGAUCGUGGUCAACCCUCUGCCGGACCGUCCCUCAUGGUCCGCUCCGCCGUUCCCCCUUAUGGCGGCGGAGGACGAGGCAAUGCCUGUGGCCGGUGUCUCAGUCACGGAUCCCGACGAUGAAAUAUACCUUUGGGUGAAUGUGUGGGCCGAGCAGGGAAGGGUGGGGCUUCCCAGCGCAGCGAAUGCCUCAUCUUCGCUAAAGGUUGAGGAGGGGAUAGGGGACGAUGGAGAGGGAGACGGCGCCUUUGCCUUGACGGGAGAUGAAGUCGCCCUGAACUUGGCCCUUGCGGGGUUGGUAUACUACCCCCCUCCGGACUGGACUUCGUUCAAUCAGGCCGACGGGAUCCAUCUCUCAGCAGAAGACCCUUCAGGCCUGUCCUCUCACGUGCGGCUAGUGGUCGUGGUUGCCUCCGGACGCAACGAUCCCCCUCAAGUGCACGUGCCCGGGGCGACCUACGUCGAAGAGCCAUGCGACUCAAAAUCGGGGAAGAUCGGAUUGCCGUCUCCGCAGCACCCACCUGCAAUCGGCCGUCAAUGCCGUCGCAUCACGACCGUGGAUCGAAUCCAGACGAACGAAGACAAGGCGUUGGCGAUUGAGGGCGUUUACAUCGAAGAUUCCGAUUUUCACGAGGCCGGGCCGGGCGCGCAGAUCGACGUGGACGUCGAAGCGCAGCACGGCUCUCUGGGAUUCGCGGGGAUGGCCGGGUCGCCUCCCACGGGCAUCUUGUUCCUCCCCGACGCCGACGGGGAGAACCAACAAGGAGAGCGCUUGCUGUCCAUGCGCGGAGCCUUGGCUUCCGUAAAUGUCGCUCUGGCCAGGCUCACUUACACCCCUGACCCUGAUUGGAGCGGAUCGGACGAGGUAGAAGUGAGAGUUAACGACAGGGGUUUCUCUGGUAGCGGGGGGGCGGGCACCGAUUCACGGGGCAUCCCGAUCGACGUGGCACCACAACAGGAUGCCCCCCUGCUCUUGGUGACUGCAACGGGGGCGGCAGGGGCGGGAGCAGCAGCGCCCCCUCCACCUCUAGAUGUAUGGGAGGACGCACGCGUGGUCCUGCACAACGUGACCCUCUACGAUGCCGAUGUUAACCCGAGAGAGCUUCACCGGCAGAUCUUCGGCAUUUCUUCGAGCACCCCAUACGACGACUAUCCCGCAGACGUUUUCGGUGGGACGUUUCAGGUGACCGUCAAGGUCGACAACGGUAGAGUUUUUUUUCCGCGGUCAGCCGGGCUCGCCUUCGAACCUGCCACGGCCAUGAGCUUAGAGCAGAGUGAAAUGGACGGUUCGGCGGGGCAGAGCAUGGCCCCGUUCGCCCAGGGAGCAACGUUCGCUUCAUCCACGCUCGAUACCAACGAAACCGUGGGAGCAGGGGCUCUGCAUGUGCCGUGGUGGCGGGAAGCGAGGUUCACGGGACGAUUGCAUGACUGCAACGACGCCCUGGGUGCCAUGACCUACUGGCCGGAUGUAAACUGGAACGGAGUCGACCGCGUUCACGUCAGCGUUAUUGAAUCGUCGCCAGACGGGGCAGCGAGCGGCGCCCGCAGCAGCAGCAGCAGCAUGACCCAGGGGUCGCACGUCGCUGUCGAGGUUUCGAUGUUUGUGCGGGUAGCCGCCGUGAACGAUGCCCCCGUAGUUACCCCUCCUUCGCCUCAAUGGCAUUCCACUCUUCGCACAGGGGAUCUCCUUUCACCUACCGCACGCUACGGAAGCCGGGUGUUUGUGGCAGAGGACAGUGAGCUAUUGCUCCCAGGUUUUAUCAUUCGCGACGUUGAUCUCGCUGAAGGUGGUGGGGAGAGCGCGAUGAUCACAGUCACGGUGACAUGCGGACAUGGCACGGCUUCCAUCACCUGGCAUGGCGUUCGAGCCGGGGUGGGACCAGGGGACAGUCGCCACCCCCAGGAGCAAAACUCAAUGGGCGCAGACCUCACGGGGCUCCUCUUCCGCAACGAAGUAACCGGGGACUGGGCUCCUUGGGAGGGCGAGGGUAUGGGGGUGGGGCGGAAAAGCUUCACUUUCAGGACGCCUCUUGCCGACGCCAACGCUGCCCUGCAAACAUUGGCGUUCAGACCCACGGAUAACUAUUUUGGCGGCGGGGCCUGGGUGAGGGUAGAGGCGUUCGAUGAAGGUUUUUCGGGACAAGGUUCGAUCGGUGCCGCCACAAGCGCCGCAGCAGGCCAGUCAGCCCAGCCUGGUGCUGCAGCCGGGUACAACGGAGUCUCUUCACGAGGGGAAGCUACCGUACCAAUUACGGUCCUGGCCGUCAACGACCCACCCAGUAUCCAGCUGCCCUACGCAGAGGACGGCAUCGUUAUCUUGAGGAUCGAUGAGGGAGAAGAGCGACGUCUGGACGGGGCGAGGUGGCGGGGCUCUUUCGCCGCUGCCGUGCAGGCAUCGGCCUACUUGCCGAACCGGAAAGGGAUCGAGCUGUGGACGAGCCAGGGGGUGUUUCCUGGGAGAGAUGCGGGGAGAUGGGGGAGAGGGUCCGAGCUAGAGUGGAGAAAGGCGUUAGUGUUGGACCUAAACGAGGGACUUGGAGACGGAUCCCCGAGGCAUUUCGUGGCAACCGAUGCAGAACACGGCGCGGAAUUGUGGCGUACUGACGGUACGAGCGCUGGCACGGUUCUUGUAAAAGACAUAUACCCCGGGGAGAGAAGCGGGUCCCCCACUUCUUUGACGGCGUUCGGAGACUACCUCUAUUUCCAGGAGAACAAGUGGGAUCCAGAUACUCGCUACGACUGCCCCGACGGCUUCCACCAUGCUAGUACCGCUCAGGGCUUCGCGUUGUUCACGGGGACCCAACACGACGACCGCGAAGCCGCGUCCGUGGAGCCUACGGUGUACUUCGGACAGUGCGGGUGGGAUGGCUACACCUGGGGUGGACGCUCUCGGAUGUACUUCCGCUUCUCCGACAGUGGAAGGACCGGUGCCUACAAGCACGCCGGCCGUCGAGACUCCUACCGGCCUGGCAUUGACAACGACGACAUCGGUGACCCCUCCGCAGGUUUCGCCGGUAUCGUCUGCGUCGACAGCGAGCAAGCUGCAUCUCAUUUUUUUACCACAACCGCUGCCACCAAGAGAGGCUCACUCGCACCCGGAGCGUGUCGAUGGGGUGAACGAGCGAACACUGACUGCUAUUUACGCGCCGGAGUAGAGCUCUGGCGUACGGACGGCAGCGCCAAGGGCACGCGUCGGGUGAACGAUUUGCGGUUUGGUGUAUCAGGAUCGUCCCCGAGCUAUCUGACGGUCUUCGACGGAGCUCUGUUCUACGCCGCCCACACAGACUUAACGGGCAUGGAGAUGUUCCGCAGUGAUGGUACAUCGGGCGGGGCUAGCAUCGUCGAGGACAUCGUCCGAGGGCACCAAGGGUCCAACCCAAUGGACCUUGUGGCCGCCAGCGGGACGGCGCUGUUCUUCACCGCGGACGACGGUAUUGCCGGCCGGGAGCUGUGGCGCAGCGAUGGCGCUCUCGGCUUCCUAGACGCACGGCCCGAACUAGGCUUCCGGGUCACCGGUGGAUCCGGCACACGCCGGGUGAAGGACGCACGCCCGGGUAAGCUAGGCUCGGAGCCGCUGCACCUUACGUGGGAGACAACGCGGUCCGUACUGUUCUUCUCGGCAGAUGACGGGUUUUCCGGGCGAGAGCUGUGGUCCAGCGAUGGCACCACCGCCGGGACUGCGAUGGUGGCAGACAUCUGUCCUGGCGUGCGAGGGUCGGGACCGUCGCACCUUAUCGCUUGGGGUGGUGCCGUCUACUUCCAAGCGGACGACUGCAGCACCGGACCGGAGCUGUGGGUGUCGGACGGCAGUGAGGGAGGUACGCUGUUGCUGGCCGAUGUCCGACCCGGCUCGGCAGGGGCGUUCCCCUCCUUCCUCACGCUGCUGGAGCCAACAGUCGGUGGGGGAGAGAGGCUGUUCUUCUUGGCCAAUGGCGGUGGCUACGACGCCGCCGCGGCAACGGGGCUGGCGCAAGGGUGGGGGGGAGCACAGCUGUGGGUGACGGAUGGGACGGGGAAGGGGACACAACGGGCAUUCGGGCAGAAAACGGCAGGUGAUUUUAUGCCCGACCGGGUUUCGCUGGAUGCGGGAAGGCCACCGCGCAUGGCAGCAUUCAAUGGAGCGCUAUAUCUUCCCGCUACCGAGGACCCAUUGGUGGCCGUUGAAACCUUGUUGGGGAUGAACGAGGCUUCGGAGGAGGGGGUGUCGCAGGCAAUGGUGAUCUACGACAUCGACGGCGGCCCGGAGAGUGUUCUGGGCGUCAUAAUUGAGUGCGACAAAGGAGAGUUAAUGAUGGGUGACGGUUCCGGCCUGGUGUUCGACAACUCCAACGAGGCAACGAUCGACGACCAAGCCGCCGACCAGUCAUCACCGCCCCCACCGUCGGGAGUUCUACGAUUCAAUGGCACCGCCGCCGACAUUAACCGUGCCAUGCGGGACCUACGGUACAGAGGCCUCCCCGGACGAGCUGGUCAAGAUGUUAUCCGGAUAACCGUCACCGACGACCCGGACCCGUGCCCGGGCGACUACAACGUAUCUUCAUCCGGCUUCAACAACGCAACUACAUCUGCGGGAGUCAAUGCCACAGCAAGAGGAGUAGAUCAGGCGCCUUGCGCGCUCGGCGGGCCGCAAGCAACGGAGGGGCGGAUCCAAGUGUACCUAUCUGCUGUCAACCGGCCCCCUUUGGUUAAUGUCCCUCAAGGAACCCUUAGAACAGUGGUCGACGCCGCCCAGGCGACAGGUGUUGGAGCCGGUGGGGCGCUAUCGGUAGAAGACCCCGAUGUGCGAGAGACGGUGUACUACAGUGCUGGCGGUUUGAGAAUAGAAGGGCCGGUCAGUGUUGCCGUAGUUUGUGCGAAUGGUCUCCUUAGCUUGGGAGCUAGAGGCGGCCUGUCUUUCUCUGAGGGGGAAGGCAUCUCCGACCCAGUCUUGCGGUUUGGUGGAGCGAUUGACGAUGCCAAUAGGGCCCUGGCAACGUUAAGCUACCAUUGUUCGUCUUCGCACGAUUGCGUGGCCGGAACGCAUGAGAUUGCGGUCACGGUUGACGACAACGGCUUCACGGGGAAGGGGGGGGCGUUGUCGGCCAAUGCGACCUUUAGUGUGACCGUAGACGCAGCCGUGGAGUAA